AUGGCGCGGGGCGACAUCAGCCCGCCGCCAGUGAAGCGGAGGAAAGUGGCCGUGGCCGAACCAUGCAUGCCAUCACCAAGGCCAUCAUCAACGGCAGAAUCAACAGACGUUGCAUCUGCAGAUCAUAGGAGGCCUGGGCGGACAAUACGCAUCUUCUCGUGGAACAUAAACGGAAUCGGCCCUUACCUGCCUCCCCAGACCACCAAGAUCACCUCCUUCUUCAAGCCCUCGGAUCCCAACCAGCCACUGCCACAGCUGAAAACAGACGGACUGCGUAUCUUUCUGUCUCGCCAUGGCUGGCCCGAGGUGCUUUUCUUGCAGGAACUCAAAGUCCAGCAGGGCGACACCAAGACGCUCGCCGCCCUGCUCUCCUCCCUCAACACACCUCUCAACCAUGACGACGAGCUCACCGACAGCCGCACUUACACGCUGGACGCCGUGCUCCCGCGUGACAAGUAUAACGCAAGGGGGUUUGGAGGAAAGCUGUACGGCGUGGGCACCAUCGUACGGACAGACUUUGCCCGCUCGCACGUCGCCCUCGUCCGCUCUGCCGACUGGGAUCUCGAGGGGCGGGCAACGCCAAAUCACACGGUUCACACCCCACUCGCCCUAAUCAACGUCUACGCCGUAAACGGCACCUCAGCGCCCUACCGCGACCCGCGCACAGGCCGACCCACCAGCCGCACGCGUCACGACCACAAGCUAGCCUUCCACACCUACCUGCGCGACGAGUGUCUUACCCUCGAGCGCCGCGGUUUCGGAGUCGUGGUUGCGGGCGACGUCAACGUGGCGCGGGGGCCGCUGGACGGGUUUCCCAAGCUCAGAAUUUUUCCCCGGCAGCAUUGUGUUAAUCGGGCGGAUUUUAAUGGCAAGUUCUUUGGGGCGGUGGAUAAUCGGCGGGCGAUGGCUUAUUAUCCUUGUGGCUGUCUGGAUGCGGUCGACGUGUUUCGCGUCGUGCACAGGCACGAGAGGAGAUACACUUACUAUCCGCGCACGAGAGAGUGGGGGACGAGUUGCGAUCGGGUGGAUAUGGUCUUUGUGUCAAGGUGGUUGUGGGAGGCUGGCAAGGUAGUUGGGACGGGGAUUUUGGAUACGCCGCAAGAGAGGGGGCUCAGUGACCAUGUGCCAAUCUGGGUCGAGAUCGCGUUAGAGGGGCGGAAUGGCCAUUUCCCCAUGCCAUCUCCCCAUGCCAUCAAAAGCUCUGCCAAGUGCUGCACCCGGCUCAAGUCGGAGAUCACAGCGCCGAACCUUCGAUGCGUAACCAAGCCUCGAGUUCCUUGCGCUUUGCCUCUGAGACUCUAA